GGGAGGGCUGUUGCCCUUGACAACCCGGAAGGCUUGAGGAGCUUGACAACCACCUGGGAGCUAGACUGGGUGCUGCUGCCUCUGAUGGCAAUGCAGCCAGGUCUAGCGCUGAGAACACCAUCCACCGUGAUCCUUCUCUUCAGCCUAGACCUGGGCCUGAUAGGGUGAACCUGGAUCCUUGGGACUGGUGAAAUGCGAGGUGACAGCGUGCCUCUUUACUUUUGCUAAGCAAAGAAAUGGACACUCUUUGGAGAAAGGGAAGUUUGGUAAUAAAGAUAUCACCGAAGAUUAGAAACAAAAUCAACCAGAGGAAAUUCUGAAAGUAUGGGAUGUAGAAAUUCAAAAAUAUCUUCAGCAAACACCGCUGUUUUAGGGGUUAUCCAGAUUAUGAUUGGUAUCUAUCAUGUACUCAUGUGGUAUUUCCUAUUGCUGUUGUAUAUGGGACAAAUUAAAGGAGUAUUUGGAACUUACGAACCUUUAACUUACAAAAUGGGAACUUCUUUAUGGGGACUUACUUUUGUCCUUUCAGGAGCCUUCACAAUAAAAGCAGCAAAAUAUCGAAGUAGAUUUAUGCUUCUCUGUACUAUGUCCCUGAACAUUCUCUGCAUAAUUGUUACGAUCAUUGCAGCCAGCCUAACAAUAGUGGAAUUGUCUCAUUUCCGUUCUGUGUCAUAUAGAAAUUAUGGACAAGCAAAGCUGGGAAGGGAAGUCUCCCGCAUUUUGCUGUGCUCUUACCCCCUGGAAUUUGUGGUCGCCCUCACAUAUUCCAUCUCUGGUUGUGCAUAUUUGAUGGAAACACAAGAUGAAAAUUCAGAAAGUGUUACUGAAGUAGUAGAGGACAACUUCUGAAAACAGAAGACGUGAGCAAGUUUCAUGACCACUAACACCUGAUGUAGGUGCCCAUGAUAUUCCCAUAUAACAGGGCUACUGCACACCCCAUACAUUUUGUGCAAAAGGAAAUUCACAGCAAGGUGAAAGUUACCCCUUGGUAUUUAAGAAGUGUCUAUGCACAUAUAUUCUAGGUUCCAGAGGAGAAAGCUCAUCCCUAUGUAAGUAUGAGGCCAUCGCAAGAAAGCAUUUGCUAGCUAGCCACUCCGAAGAGCUGUCAACUCUCCCCAGCAGAUCAUCUGCAGUUGACCAGAAAAACCACUUGAAACCUGUAGAGUGCAGGCUAUGAGAUUUGGGGUACAAUGUGCAAUUCAGAGGAAAACUAAUUUCUUUCCCUGUGAGUGAAAAGCACAUUCCAUGUUCUGCAUUCUUCUGCUCAAGCUAGCUUCUACCUCCACAAAGCAAGGCUCAAAGGGUCACCAAUUUAAUGCCUUUAUUGUCCCAAGGCAUUCUCUGUCCUCAUUAAAGUUCCUUUCUGCCCUGCA